AUGUCCUCCAACAACCUGCAGCUCAGCAAGCUUUUGCUUACCGCACUGGUUCUUCCCCUGUCCUUCUACUCUGGUUCAAACGCAAGCCCCGUGGAAGAUGGACACUUCGAAGUUGGAACGCCCUUGCUGAGCGUGGAGAUCUCUACUCGAGAGGCUGCACCCGAAGCUGUCGACCACGUCCAGCUAGAAUCCCGCGCCACUUUGACUCUCGACCAGAACACUGGCCUCACGGUACAGAACAACGGACGCAAGUCCUUGAACGAAGUCCUCCUCGUCUGGGACGACACCCUGACGGCUCACGCUCAGCAAUGGGCCAACUACCUGGCACAGAUUGACCAGCUGCAACACUCCACUUCUUCUCAGCGCCCUGGCGAGGGAGAGAACUUGGCAUAUGCCUGGGCUACCAACGGCAUCAAGUAUCCCCAGACUCAAGCCUCUCAGGGAUGGAUGGCAGAGAAGUCCAGCUACAACGGAGAGGUCAUUCCUCAGGGUAACUUUAACGCUUAUGGUCACUACACUCAAUGCGUAUGGAACACUACCACCAAGAUUGGAAUGGCUAAUGCCACGGCCUCAAACGGCGGCGUCUACACUGUCGCCAGAUACUCUCCUCCCGGCAACUACGUCGGCCAGAAGCCCUACUAG